AGCCUCCUGCUGUGAGCCAGGAGCCUGUGAUCUGUAGACCGUACUGUUUGUUCACAAAUAGCUGUCCUUUUAAUUCCAAUACUGAUUACUGAAGUAUUUUGCAAUAGUUCAUGGAGACAGGUUCUUGCCUGCAUUAAUGGUUUGAGGAAAGAAACACGAUGCUGGUGUGGGUCUUGGUGCUGACCGCACUGCUUGUCAGUGAUGUGGCAGGGAGAAACAAUUCCUUCGAAGUGGAGGAGACUCAGAGGGACCUUGAAAAACGUGGAAUAUUCAGAGGACCCUGUGAUGAAAGCUGGUUUUAUUUUUCUGAAUUAAACUCCUGUUACCGGUUUUUCAGUCAGGAAAAGACAUGGCAGGAAGCUGAGGAUUUUUGUAAUCGUAACACAUGGGUUGGGCAGCUGCCUUCUGUGACAUCAAGUGAACACAACAGAUUCAUUUCUUAUGUGAUCCAUGCUCUGAGUGGAAGAAAGGCACAUGCAUGGAUUGGCUUGAACGACAGAUGCAAGGAGGGGACUUACACAUGGAUUGAUGGAUCCACAAGGAAAUACAAAAACUGGGCUAAGGGUCAACCUGACAAUUAUGGAGGACUCGAACACUGUGUGCACAUUAAAUUUAAUGGUGAUGAUACUUGGAAUGAUGCACGCUGUGAUAUGAAAAUUGGUUUUGUUUGUUCUUACAAACUUCGUUGUGGUUAGAAGAUUCCAGGACCAUCCUUUCCAGCAGUGGAUUCAGUGCCUUGAUUUCUCUGCAGCCGCUCUCACUGCCUGUGGUGACUGUACUCACUUAGCUUCUCAGCCAACAAUAAAGAGAAUUGCAUCUUGA